AAUCUCGAAGCGAGCGGUACGCAGGCGCGCAGUCGCACAUCCGUCAGCACAGCAAACGCCAGAAACCAACACCUUUAGUUCCGAUUCAGAUAUAGUGCGACAAUCUAAACACGCGUUCGCACACCAACCACAUCGCGGUGCAAAACGAGAAAGAGGCGCGAGGCAAGGAGUGCAAACAUAUGUAUGGACAGCGAAAUAAAUAAAGCGGAGGCAUAAAAAUUCCUCACAUCGUUCGGUGCGCAGCGACGAAGAUCGAAUGCGGACAAAAAGGCUAAAAUACAGCGAGGCCAAAUAAAAGCGAUUCGCAGCCAAGUCGAAGGUGCUCCGAGUGGAGUGGCGAAGGUGCGAGACAAGAAAUUAAAUUGAUAAAGCCUAAAAAGCGGAGCCUAGGACUUUGUCCUCUCCCUCGGCCCCAACAAAAGCAACAAAACCAACAAACAAACAAACAAACCAACACACACACAAACUUGUCGCGUUGUUUGCUCGGCGCGGGCAAUUAUCGGGCGAAUAUCGGGAAUCUGGGAAUUCGAGUGUGAAGCAACCCCACCAGAGUGUUAAAGUGUGUGCCAGUGUGUGUGUGCGAGUGUGCAUAUAGUGUGUGUAUCGCUUAGCUGGUGUGGCAAAUAGCUCAGAGCCACGAAAUUGCUUUUAUCGGCGCACCAAAUCGCGCCGCCAACUGCUCAAGUCCAGAAAUUAAAAACAAAAAGAGAAACUGUUCGGUUCGUUUGGCCGAAGGGCCAGCUAGCCAUCUCGCAAAAUAUUAGCCAGCAAACAAACAAACAAACGGCCAGCACAAAAAUGUAUAAUAAAAAAUUACAGCAAGUGAUCGUGCAGAAAAUAGAUCGAUAAACCCAAACCCCAAACCCCCAAACCCAAAACGAACUCGAACCCGAAAUCUGACAAAAAAAAACAAAAACGCGAAAAAGCGACGCGGUCCAGCGGAGAGUAUAAAAAUAAAUAAACGAGCGACGAUCAGCGAGCGAUCAAGGAGCUAAAGCAGGAGGAGCACGUUUCUGGGUUUUUGUUUCAAUUUCAAUUGUGGAAAUCGUAGAGGAAAAAUUCGAACCGGUCCCCGCCGAGAGUCGCCAACGAGGAGCGGAGGACGAAGCCAGCAACCGAGAACGAACCACCGAUAUUUAUUAAAAAAAGACAGAAAUUAAUUUCACGAUUUUGUGAGGCACCACAGCAAUACAGCAAGACAGCACCACCACCACCCCUUUCGCUUCCAUCGCCGCCCUCCAUGAGCGGCUUGAACUUUGAGCCUAAGGUCUGGGCUUCCACAGGGAACUAGGGAUCGGGAUAUUCGGCCCGCCGGCAAAAUGUACGACAUCAAGCGCCUGGAAGCGGGACAACAGAAACUACAGCAAGCACAGCAACCACUGGGCCUUGACCUGAGCGGCCAGCAACAGCAACUCACCUGCAGCGUGAUCACAGCGCCCGAGCAUCGGGCUAAUCCCAAUCCCAGCUCCAUUUCGCAAUCCAACCACAGCGAGGCCACCCACAUGACUUUGUUGACGCUGCGCCGGCGCCGUUCGCUGCAGCGACGCGCCUGCCUCCUGAGCAUCCUCGCCGCCUUCGUCUUUGGCAUGGCACUGGGCGUGGUUGUGCCCAUGUUCGGCCUGCCCCGCCACCAGGAUUCCCCGCCAGAUCUGCCAGAGGAGCAGAUACAGAUGGUUGCCGUGGAGCCGCUGAGCAGCUACCGCGUGGAGUUCAUCAAGGAGACGGACGAGCUGAGUGCCGAGCAGGUAUUCCGCAAUGCCUUCCAUUUGGAGCAGGACAAGGAUGCUCCGGACUCGAUGGUGGUGAAGAAGCUGGACACCAACGACGGCAGCAUCAAGGAGUUCCACGUGCAGCGCACUGCCAGCGGUCGAUAUCGCAAGGGUCCGGAGAGAAGACUGUCCAAGCAGAUGCCGGAGAGGAUGCAGACACAAGAGACCCCUCGGGCUCCGACGACCUCGCCCACAAAUCCUACCAGUGAGCAUCAAGCGGGACUCAUUGAGGAGGAUGUCUAUUGGGGUCCCACUGUGGAGCAGGCUCUGCCCAAGGGAUUCGCAGCCAAGGAUCAAGUCUCUUGGGAACGCUUCGUGGGAGAGCAGGGCCGAGUAGUUCGCCUGGAGCAGGGAUGCGGAAGAAUGCAGAACCGCAUGGUGGUCUUUGCGGAUGGAACAAGGGCCUGUGCCCGCUACCGCCAGAAUACGGAUCAGAUUCAGGGCGAGAUAUUCAGCUACUACUUGGGCCAGCUCUUGAACAUAAGCAAUCUGGCCCCGAGUGCCGCCACCGUAGUGGACACCAGUACGCCCAAUUGGGCCGCUGCCCUGGGCGACAUCACACAGGCGCAGUGGAAGGAGCGCCGACCAGUGGUGCUGACCCGCUGGCUGUCCGAUCUGGAGCCGGCUGGGAUACCACAGCCCUUCCAGCCGCUAGAGCGGCAUCUCAACAAACACGACGUCUGGAACCUGACGCGGCACAUGCAAUCCGAAAGGCAAGCGCAGUCGCAGCCGCACGGAUUACUCAAGCGGUUGGGGGCUGCCAGUUCGUCCGGCUCCGCUCAUCAAUCAAACGCGAUUGAGGAGACAGGAACAGGAACCGAAACGGCCAACGGAGCGCUGGUGCAGCGACUAAUUGAAUUGGCACAAUGGUCCGAUUUAAUCGUCUUCGAUUACCUGAUCGCGAACCUCGAUCGCGUGGUUAAUAACCUGUACAACUUUCAAUGGAACGCCGACAUCAUGGCCGCGCCGGCGCACAACCUUGCCCGCCAGUCCGCCUCGCAGCUGCUCGUCUUCCUGGACAACGAAAGCGGCCUGCUGCACGGCUACCGUCUGUUGAAGAAGUACGAGGCAUACCACAGCCUCCUGCUCGACAACCUGUGCGUCUUCCGGCGACCCACAAUCGACGCCCUGCGACGUUUGCGGGCGGCGGGUGCGGGACGCCGGCUGCGUGACCUCUUCGAGCGGACGACCAGCGCCGGAGUGCGGGAUGUUUUACCUUCCCUGCCGGACAAGUCCGUGAAAAUCCUGGUGGAGCGCAUCGAUCGGGUGCUGGGCCAGGUGCAGAAGUGCCAGGGCAGCUAAUGAAUCGAUAGCAUCAGCCCUUGCCCCCAAACACGACUGAUAAGCUGUUAAUACCGAAGCAGCAGUGGGUCCAUCUUCACCUGGAUUGGGAUUGCAGUAGUCAAGGGGUCAGUGGCUUUGGCGGGGUUAUAUUUUAAAAAGGGGUUCUAGAAAAUUGUUAUCAUAUAAAAUGGAAACUUAUAAAUUUUAAUCAUUGGGAGUCUUUUAAAGCAUAUUCGAUGAGCCACUGACCCAAGGAGAUCCGAGUAUUAAGGGGUGAUCCACUAAAAUACCUAUCUUGUAAAUGCCAGACUCUAUCCAUGAGUAUUAAGCUUACCUAUCCGUAAAUGUAUCUGUAUAAACUAAGCCUAGCUAGCGUUAACAAUGUGUGUGAUAUUUGUAUAAGGAACCAGACUAAGUAGAUUUCAUUUUACCUUUACAACCAAUAAACCACAAAUAUACCGAACGAAA